GGCUACCAUCUCUCCACCAUAUGUGGGCCUGGAGAUGCACGGCCCGCUCAAACAAGCAACCCAACUAGUCCUAAUAUGUCUUAAGACAAAGGUCGUUAAGAAAGCCCAACAAAAUUCUGGCGGUGGCGGGAACGAAACAGACAAUGGCCGCUGAUCGGUUCCCAGAAAAUGGGAUCUGCUCUCCCUUUGCCUUCCUUCGCAUCUCCAAGUUGCAGCUCAGAAAUGUCGAACCCUGUUGUCCGAUACAGGGAACUAGGUUACGAAGAAGCUCUGGCCAAAGUCCACCGCUAUCCGAUCGUCUGCAGGGAGCUCAGCUCGAUCCUCAGGGAAGCUUACCCCAAGCUCCCUAAGAAUCUCCAAUCCAUGAUCUUCGACGACACUCUCGCCGCGUUUCGUCUCCUUCCCCAGAUGGAGAUGCAGAGUGCUGUUUCGGCAGCCCAUCUUCUCUGCCAGAGCGCCGAGGCUGCACUCCCCAAGCAGAAGAAGAACUUGGCAGUCUCGGAAUUCAGGCAUGCCAAGGUUGCUCAGAAGAGGCGAUGGAAGGCUCAUCACAGGGAAGAAACUACUGCAGAGCUGCCACAAGACGUAUUAGCCCACGUCUUCAGCUUCCUCGACACGCAGUCUUUAGCUUUGGCGGGGAAUGUGUGCUGGUCAUGGAAUGUUGCUUCUAACAACAACCUCCUCUGGCAAGCUCACUAUGCUGAAGUAUUUGGUAGUAGCAGCGACUCUAUAGGACGAAAAACGAAGAAGAGUACACACUCUAUUCAGGAAAAUGUAAAUGGUGAAGGAACCAGUGUAGAUUGGAAAGAGGCAUUUAAAAGAGCCUACCGUGGCAAUUGCUCCAAGCGACUAGCAUCUAACAGGGGAUACUGCAACCGCUGCAAAGCAGUAGUUUGGCUUGAUAGUAUGAAAUGUUGUAGCUGUAAUGAAGCCCAAGGAAGAUCAAAACAAUCACAAAUCACACACAUUACGUCUGAUCAGGUUGUUGCCUAUUUAUUGCAUGGUUGUUCGUCGCUGUUAUCUUCCUCGGACAGUGAUAGUGACUCGGAUGAAGAGAUCAUGUCCAGCUUAUGGUUUUACGCGAAGCACAUUACUGGUUGAAAUCUGGCUAAGGAGUAGCAGAGUUUCUCAUUAUGUAGUAUUCAUUUCACUAUCCAAGAAAUGCUGAGUGAAGUUGUUCAUUUGUUCAGACACUGUCUUCAGGGAGUCCUGAAAGAGCUUAAUUACUUUGUAAUCUUGAAAAGGAUGUAAUAGUUCACUUCCAGUUAGAUUAAAAUCGUCGAGGAUCGCCAUGCUUAAUUACUUUGUAAUAUUGAAAAAGAUGUAAUAGUACACUUCCAGUUAGAUUAAAAUCGUCAAGGAUUGACAUCCCGGGUUCGUGUAACCUCUCUUCUUCUGGAAGCUGAGUAUUUGUCCAACCUCGCGUUGGUGUUAGUACAGCGUUGGUGUUGCGCAGCGACGGUGUAAUGAAUGGUGUGUGAUGCC